UGUAGAGCGUGGUGGGAUGAUGUGUGGUUGAGGGGUAGCUGGAGGAGGCUAACGGGGCAUGACUGCCCUGCCACACCCUCGGGAUGUGGUCCCCGAGGGAAGGGGUUAAAGCUGAAUUUGCUGUGGGAACCAGGGUUGGAAAUGAGGUGACUGCUGCCUAGCUCUGGUUUUGCUUGGGAUUUGCUGGAGCACUGUAAAGGUUUACUGCCAGGAUUAUCAGGAAAUACCUGCUUUGGAGGUCGUCAGCAGGACGUCUUCAGGAACCAUGAAGAAAUUGUGAUUAUAACAAGGAGUAAAAGCUGGGAAAAACGUUUUUCUAGUUGAGUCUCAGGAAAUGGAUGGCACUGCUGUUGUCCUUUGUCUUGUUUUGCAAUUAAUGCAAGAGGUAAAAGCAUCUGUUGGGAACUGCAUUCCCAGAAAAACAGUAAAAUACCAAACUCUAAAUGCAGAAAUGUUUGUGAAGGAAGGCUUGUCCAAUGUCUCUGCUCUCCUUGUGGAUGAAGAAACUGAUAGGCUGUUUGUUGGAGGCAGGGAUGUAAUAUCUGCCCUUGAUUUGAAUAACAUUUCCAGAGAAACUGCCAGGGAACACUGGUUCGCUACGCAGGAAAGACAACUGGAAUGUAUUCGUAGAGGCAAGGACAAGAUAAGGUGCCAAAACUACAUCCUCGUCCUGCGUAAGAUCAAUGAUUCCCACCUGUAUGUCUGUGGGACAAACGCCUAUCACCCGCUGUGUGACCACAUGGUUAUCCAGAGGACAAAGAUGCAUUUGCAAGGAAGAGCUGAAGAGAGCAGAGGGAAAUGUCCUUUUGAGCCAACUCUGAAAUAUGCAGCUGUUUUUGUAGAUGGGGCAUUUUACUCAGCUACUUCAAAUAAUUUCUUGGGAACAGAACCUAUAAUACUUCGCAGCAUGCAAAAUCCUGUAAGAACAGAAUUUAAAACGUCUUGGCUAAAUGAACCAAGCUUUGUUGGCAUGGAAAUAGUACCUGAAAGUGAGUUUAGUCCAGAUGGAGAUGAUGAUAAAAUUUAUGUGUUCUUCACUGAAACAGCUGUUGAGUUUGAAUUCUAUGACAAGAUUCUGGUGUCCAGAAUUGCCCGAAUCUGCAAAGGUGACCUUGGUGGGAAGCGCUUACUGCAGAGAAGAUGGACUUCGUUUUUAAAAGCCCGACUUUCCUGCUCCAUUCCAGAACUCGACUUCCAUUUCAAUAUCAUUCAGGACAUCUUUUUCCUUAGGAGAGAGAAGUGGCAGGACAGCAUCUUCUACGGAAUUUUUUCCCAGCAGUGGGGCAGGUUGGACAUAUCAGCUGUGUGUGCAUACAGCAUGGCAGGCAUUCAGGAAGCCUUCUCCAAAGGAAGCUACAGGGGCCCCAUAGCUGUGGAGCAUUCCCACGUUAGAUGGAUGGCGUUUAGAGGAGAGGUGCCAGUUCCACGUCCUGGUGCUUGUAUUGAUAAUUUUGCCCGGAAUCUGGGGUAUAAUACAUCUUCUGACCUGCCUGACAAAGUCCUGCAGUUUGCUAGAGAUCACCCUCUGAUGGAUGGCUCUGUAAAUCCAGUUGGUGGUAGGCCAGCACUGCUGAAGAGGAGCUCAAACUACACCAGGAUUGUGGUAGACAGAGUUACUGGCCUGGAUAAGCAGACCUACGAUGUUAUGUUUCUAGGAACAGAUGAUGGAUAUUUGCAUAAAGCUCUCAAUUGCGAUGGAGAAAUGUUCAUUGUGGAAGAGCUGCAGCUGUUUCUGUCCCCUGAGCCUGUGCAGUUCCUGCAGCUGUCUGCUAAAAAGGGGAUGCUCUAUGUGGGGUCCCUGUCUGCAGUGCUGCAGCUUCCAGUUUCGGGCUGCCAGCGCUACAAGCACUGCUUGGAUUGCGUCCUGGCCAGGGACCCGUACUGCGCCUGGUCUCAGGCUGCCCGUGCGUGUGUUCUGCUGCCACAUCAGCCUGCUGAUACACAGAAUUUAAUUCAAAAUGUGAAAUAUGGGGAUGCUUCCGGCUGCCUUAGUGCAGAGAAUGAUGUGAGAAAACACCUCUUUACUCUUGGAAACAAUGUUCAUCUUCAAUGUGUUCCUCUUUCAAAUCUGGCAAGAGUAGUGUGGAAGUUCAAUGGGAGCCGAAUUCAGGAUAAGGACUCUAAAUACCUCCUGUAUGAUGGAGGAAUAGCAAUACUUAAUGCGACAGCGGCUGAGACUGGAUUCUAUGAUUGCCUCUCAGUAGAGACAUCCAGAGCAAAGGAAUUCUUUAUCACUGUGGCCCGUUAUGCCCUGUAUGCACAGCAGAGUACAGAGAAGGCAAAUGUUAAUGCUGCAACAGAUGGCAAUAACGAAGGAGAAGCUGUGGGAUUUCAGUCCUCAGUAUCAACUUAUUUACUGAAAGACGCACCAAAACAGAAAUUUGUGGGCAGCCAAAAGGAGAAUCUUGUUUUAAAACUCCUGGGUGCAGGUUUUGCUCUUCUUUUCUUUUUCUUGUUCAUUUGGAAUUUCUACAAGGGCCAUUUAUCUCUGCCUUGGAGGAUCGGAGAGACCAGCUCCAAAGACACCAAUGUAGACUUGGAAAAUCCAGAACUGACCACAGAAAGAUCAGGGGCUGUAAGAGAGAGUUCAGCAGUACAAGCAGACGUGCCUUUUCUUAAUGAAUAAAUGCUUGUGAGUUUUCCUCAAGGAGUGCAGCGCAGUGCAGUGUGUGCAGCUCGUGGAGCUGCUUGCUUCAGAUGAGGUUUCCUGCUAAGGAAUGUGGAAUGUCAAUUUGGGUAGGAGUCAGAAGCUCAGAACUGAAGGUUUCAAGCAGCAUUUGUGUGUCGCACAGUCGUGUUAGCAGCUGGUACUUUUAAAAGCAAAAUGCCUUUUGGACACAUUAGAACCAUAAGAAUAAAUUUUUUUUUAAUCAAAAAUUGACACUGAUCCACUUUUUUGUGUUGUUGGAGUCGCCCAAUUACAGAAGUUAAUACUUCAGAAGCUAAUAAUACUUAGCAUUUAGUGCCUUUCACCUUCAGACUUUGUGUUUAAUCUACGAAUAGCAACUAAUUAAGUCUCCCAAUGCCCCGAGAGGUUGCUACUACCCUCAUUUUUCAUCAGGUUAGAUUACUUGUCACUGACCAUAGUAUUGGUGUCAGAUCCAAUGCUUUGUUAGAAGUCCCUGAGUCGUCUUCACAUCUUUCUCUGUUUUCCUCUCUUUUCUCUUUAUUUAACUGUUUUUAAAACUUCCCAUACGUUUAUUUUUCUAAUGUGCUUUUAGUGAUACUAUGAUGCAUCUUUUCUGUGCAGAAGAGUCGUGAACUGACGUAAAUACUGCCUAAAUUGUUGCAGAUUUAUUGCUAAGGUUUGGUCAGAACUCAAGCUGUGCAGCUCCUUUUGUUAAAGGGGCUGAAAGUUGAAUUGCAAGUUGCAUUGAAAAGUUGAGCAUUUUUUUUCUGAAAGUCUUUUUCAUUUUUCAAAUAAAAGUUCUCUUACAUUUUCUUGUUUGGCAAAUAACACGGAUUCUCUGCCUUUGGAUUCCUGAAGAGAAGGCUGUGCUGCCUCACCCAGAGCGUGGACAAGAACUCUGAAAUGGACAUCUGAAAAUUAAAGACUGUUCUGUUGGUGAGCUGUGCUGCCUGUCAGUAACUACCAGCGCAGAGCAGAAACUGCAUCUGAGGGGCUCUGAAGUGUCUCGGAGUUUGAAAGGGAAGCGACUUCCUUGCAGGGUUCUGUUACCUGUAUUCCUUCUCCCUCCCUGCAUUUUAUGGCAAUUAACGAUGCAGAUGGGACGUGAUGUGUGAUAACGUAGGAAGUGAUCGAAAUUUCCAUGCUUCCCUCUGGGAACGCAGUCGUUUCCCUCAGUGGAAGGAGAUGCAGAUGGAAUACAGAACCCCAUUUCAGAAAAUCCUCACAAGGCUACCAGCGUUUGGUUUUAGUUCAAUUCCUGCUGAUCUAAUUACCCUAAUUUAAACGUGUAAAAUAAUUAGCUUCAAGGAGUUGCAGAUAAGUUGCCGUUAACAGGUCGAUAUGAAAGAUACUGUGCCCUACUUUCAUUAGUAUCCUCAGUGCAGUUCAAGUCCUUGUGUCGUUGGUUCCCAUGUUGCACAUAGGAAGGGCAGAGAACAGCAAGCAGGAGCGUUGCUGGUGCUCAGUAUUGCUGGGGCAGAGCUGGAGCUGCUGGUUCCAUUGCCAGCUCAAAGCAUCUGCAGCUGCUCCAACUCACGUCCUGCCCUCACUCAUCUGAGCACAGCACAGCACUGGGCAAACAUUCCUUCCCCACAGCUCCCAACACAGCUCAGCUCUCCUGGUUCCAGCAGUCUGUGCUCGUAGCUGCUGCCAUCGUUUCAAGCAGAGCUCGGACUUCAUCUGAUGUUACGCUUAAAAUUUUUGGCAGCAAACUGUAGCCCCAAAUGUGAGCAAUAGCAGAGAAGACAUGGGAGACAAAGAAUUACACCUGCCUCAGUAAAACUCCCUUUUAAAUGCCUUAGGGAAAAGAGUGGAGUUGAAAUGCUGAAAACAGAGCAUGAAGUGUUGGUAUCGCUCGUGUUUGUGCUGUUAAUAUUGAGUUACAGCACUGCUCCCACCUUUUAUUGCAAAAUUACUCGUACAAAGCUUACUACUUUGGUGCAAGUUCUAAAAUGGUUAAUGCAUGGAGAAAUUAAUGCACAGAACUGCAUGGGAUUAACAAAAUCUCUCUUGGGAACAUUUCCCAUUAAAGUGCCCUGAUAAGUAAAGAGCAUAAAUGAGGUGGGGAUGAUCCAGCAGCGUCACUCAGCAGCGCUGUCUGCUUAUGAGAGGCUUCGUUAGAGUAGUGGGAUGUUUUAAGGUGAUGCAGGCAUUUGUGGGAGCUGAGCAGUGGUGUUCAGUGAGGAUCUGAGUGGAAUGCUGGAGGAAAUGCAGGAAUGCUGUUGUGCCAAAGCCACGCUUCAGGUUCAUUACUGGACCUGCUCUAAAAACCUGUAAAACUGCAUGUGUGCUCAUGCACUCAUCCACAGCCUCACAGUUACUGAUGUAAUUUACUUAAAGCUGAGAAUAACUGCAGGCAGUAGAACCGAUUCACCCUGCCCACUGCAGUUGAUACCACUCCACUCUGAUCUGUCACAAGUGACAAAAUACGCGGUGCUCACAAGCAGGCCUCCAUCCUGUUUGUCUUACAUGUGGGAACGCUGGGCUGGGUGCACUUUGGGCCUUGCCUACAGAACAGCUGCUGUGUGUAGAAUCUCUACUCUGAGCUGUUGGAUAGAGGCUACAAAAGAGCAGGUGUGAAAUACCCAUUCCUGGAUGGGCCUUCUGCUGCCUUCAGCAGGCCGGAUCACUGCUGUGUCUGCCCUUGUGGUUGGAAAUGCUGCUUUUCCCCAGGCUGACCUGUUCAGCUCCUGCUCCCAGCCCUCAGGCCGUGCUGUACCUGUGCUGGCUCAACUGGAAAGCACUUGUUCAAAGUUUAUUUCUGCCGGGGAGCUUUUAUGGCUGCGUUAGAGUCACGCUGUAUGCUUUUCUUUGAUGAAUGGAUUGCAGCACUUUGAUUCUUUCAAAAUGGAGCAGUUCUUUCUCAUGGCUUUGCUGUGAGCCCUCUGCUGUUGUUCAGUGAGCUGGGCACCUCUCUGCCCCUGGGUACCUCAGCCGAGAGCUGUGUCGGCUCCUUGGGCUGCAGCAGCACGCUGGCACUGCCUGCUCUCUACCGAGGCUCCUUCCCCAGGCCUGCCCAGCAUCCCUUCUUCCCGGGGUGUUUCACUAUUUCCUGAGAGUAUUCGUGCCAUGUGUUAACUUUCUGCUUGUAUGAACUGUAUCAUGAAAGACAGAACAAGGAGUGACCUGUUUGUGAUAGAAUAUAUCUAGACUAAGAUUGCAGGGGAUUUUUGUUUGCUUUUUGGUUGUUUUUUCUUUUUUGGGGGGUAGAGGGGGGGCUAUUGUUGUUUUUCUUUUCCCUGUGGGUAGCCAGAGCCCCUUCAGUACCCCUGAUCCAGCAGUGGUGCCCAGCUGUGGCACUGAGCUGUGCCCGCUGUGCCCGCGUUGCUCGGCAGCGCCCAGCUCUGCUCGCUGUGCCCGGCAGGUGGUGCCGCCGAGCCGGCGCCGGCCCCUGGAAUAAAGUCGAGAGAAGGAGCGGAGAAAUGUGACCGAGAUGGGGCAGUUGGUGAAGGGAGGAAGCGAAUAGGAGAGAGAGAGAAAGAAAAAAAAAAAAACCGAAAAACUACAACACGAGAGAGAACAAAGAAA